CCCGCCCGGCAGCCGCCAUUUCGGUCCCAGGGAGACCCACGCUGGCCUCGCAGCCCCUCCCCCGGCUCAGCCUGGGGAGGAAGACCCUGGUGGUAGCGGCGGUGGGGGUCAUGCUCAUCCUGGUGUUGGUCGUCCUCAUUCCCGUGCUGGUGAGCUCCGUGGGCACCGACGCCGGGUCCUACGAGAUGCUGGGCACGUGCCGGAUGGUCUGCGACCCGUACCUGAACAAGGAAGCCGCCAGCAGCACCAGCGCCAGCACCAGUUCUGGGUACGGGGUUGGUGCUGAGGCCGAGGCCCUGAGCGAACGGGGCGUGGCACCCCCCCCUUCCACCUUGGUGCAAGGCCCGCAGGGCAAGCCGGGCCGGCCGGGGAAGCCCGGACCCCCGGGACCUCCAGGAGAACCGGGUCCCCCGGGGCCCAGGGGCCCCCCGGGGGAGAGGGGGGACCCAGGCAGGCCCGGGAUAAUGGGGCCGGGGGUAUACAGUGGAGCUAUCAGCACGGCCACGUACACCACCGUCCCCCGGGUGGCCUUCUAUGCCGGGCUGAAGAACCCCCACGAGGGCUAUGAGAUCCUCAAGUUUGACGACGUCGUCACAAACCUGGGCAAUGACUACGACGGCGCCUCAGGAAAGUUCAUCUGCAGCAUUCCCGGCACCUACUUCUUCAUCUACCAUGUGCUAAUGAGGGGUGGGGAUGGCACCAGCAUGUGGGCAGACCUCUGCAAGAAUGGACAGGUGCGAGCCAGCGCCAUCGCUCAGGAUGCAGACCAGAACUACGACUACGCCAGCAACAGCGUCAUCCUGCACCUGGACACCGGGGACGAGGUCUACAUCAAGCUGGACGGCGGAAAGGCCCACGGGGGGAACAGCAACAAGUACAGCACCUUCUCUGGGUUCAUCCUGUACGCGGACUGAAGGCAGGCCUCUGUGAGACUCUCAGCCCGGCUCUCUACACCUGCUCCAUCGGCCUCUCUCUCCAACAAAAUGGCGGGAAGUCCAGUGUUGCGGUUCAUCCUGGUCAGACACUGUACGCUGACACCCAGAUAUUUUCCAUUUUUCUCAGCUCUGCUUUUGGUUUUGAGAAAAAAAAGUCAGCUGUUUUUUUUUCAAAUGCAAAAAGGGACAUAAGUAUUUCAUCCCACGCUCAAUUGAUUUACUGAGAUGUGUUUGUAUUAUUGUAUACUACUUAAUGUAUCGGUGUAUUAAUAUGUCCAGACAUGUUAAAUGAGGAGGUGAAAGUCAUUGCCUCUAAUUCCUCUGCUUCUUGGUCUCUUGUGGGAAUAACCUGUUUCUUUAGCACAGUCAUUUUUGUGGCUGGGGAUUAGACGGAGCUUCAGAUCUGGACCCUUAAGAUUGAGUAACGUGCGUGGCAGUGUUGCAGAGGGGACACACGUUUCCCAUUUUACACUGGACACAGGGCCACCUCUUGGAUCCGCAUUGUCCUUGUCUUGUCUCCUGUGAACACAUGAUGUCAUAGCUGAAUGUUGGUUACGAAAAACUGAGGGAAACAUAACGGGAACUCUUUUUUCCAGACUUUAUUUUAACAAGGGCCAAGUCUUGCCCAUCAGUCCUGGCCUUUCUAUUUGAGGUUUGGACCUGUUUGUUGUGUCUAAUGCAGAACUACCGAAUGGGUUUGUGGGAGACUUCAUAUACAAUAGAUGUUAACAUUUGAUGUAUAAAUCCUUGACAGUAUUGUUCUUGUAAUGAUGUAACUUAUAAGCUUCAGACAAUGAUGGCACUUGAAACUAAGACCCAACAUGGUUGCAACCCUAGCACACAGCAAUCAUAGGCUGCAUAUUGUCUGAAAGAUGCAUUCUGCUAGAGUUUAUUCAUGCCUGAAGGUUUAAGCCUUUAACACUAAGCACACUGAUCAAGGAAUUAGAUCUCAUGAUGUGUGUGUGUGUGUGUGUGUGUAUGCAACCGUGCAUGCAUGCAUCUGUACGUUUGUGUGUGUGUAUGCGACCACGUGUGCAUCUGUAUGUGUGUGUGUGUGUGUGCAAGUGUGUGCAUGUGUGUGUAUGCAACAGUGCAUGCCUGCAUCUGUAUGUUUGUGUGUGUGUGUGCAUGUGACUGCGUGUGCAUCUGUACGUGUGUGUGUGUGUGCAUGCGACCAUGUGUGCAUCUGUAUGUGUGUGUGUGCGUGUACGUGCGUAUGUGUGUGUGUGUGUGUGCAUGCGACCGUGUGUGUGUGUGUACGCGUGCGUACGUAUGUGGAUGUGUAUGUGACCAUGUGUGCAUCUGAACGUGUGUGCAGGCGUGCGUGUGUACACGUGUGUGUGUGACCACGUGUGCAUCUGUACAUUUAUGUGUGUGUGAGCGCGCACGUGUGUGUGUGCGUGUGCGGAUGUGUGUGUAUGUGAUUGUGUGUGCAUCUGUACAUGUAUGUGUGUGUGCACGUGUGCAUGCAUAUAUGUGUAUUCUUCAUGUGUGUUUGUGUUUUUUGUGUGUGCAUGUGCCAUUGCUCCUUUCAUUACUUUCAAAUGUACUUUCAAAGGCUUUAUCAAAUAUGUUUCAUUCAGAUCAAAGGCUUUAUCAAGUAUAUUUCAUUCAGAUCAAAGGCUUUAUCAAAUAUAUUUCAUUCAGCUCAAAGGAUUUAUCAAAUAUAUUUUAUUCAGCUCAAAGGCUUUAUCAAAUAUAUUUCAUUCAGCUCAAAGGAUUUAUCAAAUAUAUUUUAUUCAGCCCAAAGGCUUCAUCAAAUAUAUUUCAUUCAGCUCAAAAAAUGUAUCAAAUAUAUUUCAUUCAGCAAGCAGAAAGAGGUGGAGCAGCUUUCGAGUGAUCAGAGAUAUGCAAACAGCUUGUAGAUUAAAUACAUUGGUUUUGCAAAUAUUAUUUUGUCUUAAAAAUUUGUUGAAUACAUUUAAAUAAAUGGGAUUUUUUUGGACCUUC